UUCGCCAACAUAGCCAGCUACCAGGACCUGUUGGGCAGCCAUCAUCAACUGCUCAUUGCCGCCACAGCAGCAGCCACCGUCGCCGCUGUCGCAGUCGAGCCGCCUCCGCCGACGACGCCGCCACAACUGCCGCAAUUGACGACGACGCCACCCAUAGUCACCACCAACAUCUCAAUACCCAACAACCCGAUUCACAACAACAACACAAACACAACAAUAACAACAACAAACAACAACAACAACAACCAGCAGGCGGUGUUCGAAAAAGCCAUCACCAUUUCGUCGAUUGCGAUUAAACGCAGGCCGACGCUGCCGCAGACGCCAGCAAGUGCCCCACAGGUGUUGUCGCCGUCGCCGAAACGCCAGUGUGCCGCCGCCGUCUCAGUGCUGCCCGUGACCGUACCUGUGCCCGUGCCCGUAUCCGUGCAGCCCCUGCAGCCCGUACAAGUCCCAGUGCCAGCCAGCGCCCUCAAAGGACACCAUCACCAUCUGGGAAAUCAUAUUGGAAGCCAUCUAGGAACUCAGCUGCAACAGCAUCCCCACCAUCCACAUCAUCAGCUGAGCUUUGCCCAUCCCACACAGUUUGCGGCCGCCGUUGCAGCCCACCAUCAGCAGCAGCAGCAGCAGCAACAGCAGCAGCAGCAGCAGGUGCAACAGCAACAAGUUGCUUACGCAGUAGCGGCAGCACAGCAGCCACAACUGCAACAGCAGCAGCAGCAACAAGUGCAGCAGCAACAGCAGCAGCAGCAGCGUCUGGCACAGUUCAAUCAAGCGGCAGCAGCUGCCUUGCUCAAUCAGCACUUGCAACAUUCGGCGGCAGUGCACCAGCAGCAAGUGGUGCAACAUCAACAGCAGCAACAGGCAGCAGCAGUAGCAGCACAACAACAGAUACAGCAGCAACAACAACAACAGUCGUUGGCCCACUACGGCGGCUAUCAGCUGCACAGGCACUCGCCGUACGUGCAACAGCAGCAGCAGCAGCAGCAGCAGCAGCAGCACAUUCUGCUGAGUGGCGGCAGCAGCAAGCAGAGGGAAAACAACAACAGCCAACAGUCCGCACCAGCAGCCGUUGCAGUUGCAGCUGCAACAACACCAGCAACAGCCACCGUUGCCGCUGUACCCACAAGCGGCGGCAGCAGCAGUUUACCGGACAGCCCCGCCCACGAAUCGCAUUCACACGAAUCGAACUCUGCGUCGGCCUCUGCGCCUACGACACCCUCACCGGCAGGUAGUGCCACAACAACAGCAACAACAGUUGCAGCAACAACAGCAGGAGGAGUCAGCGAUAGCAACAACAAUCUCGCCGCCGCUGCCAUAAUGGAAAAUCAAAUGGCACUCGCCCCCUUGGGACUCUCGCAGAGCAUGGACUCCGUGAAUACGGCCAGCAAUGAGGAAGAGGUUCGCACACUUUUUGUCAGCGGUUUGCCUAUGGAUGCCAAGCCGCGUGAACUUUAUUUACUAUUCAGAGCCUACGAGGGCUACGAAGGAUCUCUAUUGAAAGUGACUAGCAAAAAUGGCAAAACUGCAUCGCCCGUGGGCUUUGUGACAUUCCAUACAAGAGCUGGUGCAGAGGCAGCCAAACAGGAUCUGCAGCAGGGUGUACGCUUCGAUCCCGAUAUGCCCCAAACAAUUCGCUUGGAAUUCGCCAAGAGUAACACGAAAGUGAGCAAACCCAAACCACAGCCCAAUACAGCGACAACAGCCUCACAUCCUGCAUUGAUGCACCCACUCACUGGACAUCUGGGUGGGCCGUUCUUUCCGGGCGGACCAGAGUUAUGGCAUCAUCCGUUAGCAUAUUCGGCAGCAGCCGCCGCUGAUCUACCGGGCGCUGCAGCACUGCAGCAUGCAACAUUAGUGCAUCCGGCCCUGCAUCCGCAGGUGCCAGUUCGCUCCUAUCUCUGACUAAAUACAGACAAAGUAAUGGAGCAGCCUAUGCAUCAAACUCAAAUGACCAUGCCGCAACAUCAUCAGACCACUGCUACUGCUAUACAUCCGGGUGCAGCUGCAAUGGCACAUAUGGCCGCUGCUGCGGCUGCUGCUACUCCACAGAAUGCUGCGGCUACGGCCGCUGCUGCUGCACAACAUCAUCAUUUUUUAUCGAGUCCAGCGUUGGCCAGUCCCGCCGGUUCCACAAAUAAUGCCACACAUCCACAGGCAAAUCCACAGAUUGCAGCCAAUGCGCCCUGCUCCACCCUGUUUGUGGCCAAUCUCGGGCAAUUUGUCUCCGAGCAUGAACUCAAGGAGGUCUUCUCUAGAGGAGCGGGUAUGGAAUCACGGCAUGAUUUGCUUGCUAAGAAACUAGAAAGAGAAAUGCAACAACAACAGCAGCAGCAGCAGCAACAGCAACAGACGCAAGUACAUCAGCAACAACAGCAGCAACAUGCAGCAGCAGCAGCAGCAGCGGCAGCGCAGCAUUACCAUCAGCAGGCAGCGCACCACCAUCAUCAGCAGCAGCAGCAGCAACACCAGCAACAGCAGCAACAGCAGCAACAACAGCAGCAGCAACAGCAACACCUGAGCCACCAUCAUCAGCAUCAUCAUCAUCAUCACCAUCAGCAGCAACAGUUCUUGAUGACGCCGACAGCAACCUGACGAUUCCAACUCCAAGGAGGAGGAGGAGCAACGCAUUUGCUGCAGCACCACCAGCAGCCGCUGCAGCAGCAGCAGACACAUCACAUCUACUCGUAUGUGUUGCCGGCAGUCAGUCACAUAGCAGCCUGAUGGGCUGACACAUUUGAGUUUGAGUUCAUAGGUCAAUAGGAGCUCCCGCAUGCAACGGAUUCAUGCGAUAAGAAGAGAGGAGGCAAAAAACAAAUUAAAAACAAGAAAAAAACUUUAGUUCUAGAACAAAAGCAAACAAACAACAGAAAAACUUAAAAAAAAACUAUAAAAAAUGAAAGAACAAAAAAAAGAAAGUUAAUUUAUAGCUGAGAAGGAAGGAAAACGUUGAGAGAGAGAGAGAGAGAGAGAGAAAGCGAAAACCCCCGUAAUCCCAGUUUAGUGAAAUUUUUCGACAGAUGAAAGAAAAGCAGCAGCAGAAGGCAGAAAAGCAACAGAAGAUUGUAGAGGAACCAAAAAA